GGGUGUGUGUACCGGUCUGUUAACUGUUGGUGCUGGAAGAGAGGGGAGGAGAGACACGGAAGGAGCAGCAGAGCCCGGCAUUGACACACAUACACACAUACACACACAAUGAUCAUUCCAGUGAGAUGUUUCUCGUGCGGCAAGGUUGUCGGCGACAAGUGGGAGACGUAUCUCUCGUACCUUGAGGACGACAACAUGACGGAGGGUGACGCCCUCGACAGACUCAAGUUGAAGAGAUACUGCUGCAGAAGAAUGGUGCUCACGCACGUUGACUUGAUUGAAAAGUUUCUCAAGUACAACCCAUUGGAGAAGAAGGAGAUUGUCGACGACGAGCGGGCGUACUGAGCGUGCCGCCGGGGCCAGAUGCUGCGGGGAGGCGGGCCCCCUUAUAGAUUGCUCCACCCCCACUGUACACUACACACCCGUUAUAUACUUUUGUUUUCUCUUUAGAGCCUUAGCUGUAUAAACCAAGACGCUGAU